CGAGCCGCCGGCCAUUGGUCGUUUCGGCUGUUGUUACUAAAUUGUCAGUGUUGCCGUGCGUCAAGUGUCGCAUAAAUGAAUUAUGUCGCUGAGGUCGAAGGCGCUAGCCCUUGUGGAGGUGCUUCUGAGGGUGCCGCCUCUGUUUGUGGUGGAUGAGUUCUUGAAAGUCAGCCUUGGACUACCGGUGUCAAAUGGAGAGGACGUUCCUUCACUGAGCAACGUGACGGAUGACCACGUCGAUAUAACAGACUCGGAGACCAAUUACUACGACGCCAAUUUUUACAACGCGUUUUUCUUUACACUCCUCAAGUUCCUGAUUUGUUGUUUGGGAUGCAUGUCUGCACUCUGCGUAUUCGUACUCUACACAAAGCAUCUCAUCAUUGUAUACCUCUACCUCAUGUCAGUGGGCAUAGUCUUCGUCUCGUAUUGGACCAAUGUAUCAGCUAUAAAGCAGAUUCAAGCGCUCGCGCUAUCCACGUCAGAUGGACCCUCCACCAGCAUCCUCGAGGAUAUCCUCAACUUAAACAUGAAAAAUCUGCUUGACCUCGACGGCCCUGGAAUCUUAGUCAUUCAAAACUUCGCCAUACAAUUCCUACUAUCAGUCCUCUUCAGGAACGUCCACUUAGGCCCCCGACACCCAACCGUACAAAAGCUGUUGUCCCUCAGUUUCAUGGCGCCAUCUUUUAUGGCCAUGCUGCCAGUGCCUUCAAACCUCCUACACCAUUCCCCGGUUUUCUCCUCCCUAUUACCACUUUUCCUCGUGAAAUACGUCCUUUGGUCGUCCGCCUAUAACGUGAUUCAAGUUAUUUACGCUGGAUAUCAACACGGAAGACUGUUUGUUAGCAAUUACGGAUUAUCGGCUUUGGUGGAAACCGAAUGGAUGCGUUUAAACGUGCCGUGUGUGUUAAGAGUGUUUUGGGUGAUGCGUGUAGCUGAACACGCAAUUUUACUACUAAUGGACAAUUACGACGAAGACACAGAGGAAGUAAUCAAAGUUUCCACCCUACUAGCUGUUCAGUCACUCGCCUCGAUGGCCAAGUCUUUGCUAGUAACGGGAUGUGAAACCAUCACUGCAGUUCUCGGCAUGACUUCAGUGAUAUCUUUCUUCUGUCACUACAUAGGCAACUUCUUUCAGUGGAUUCUCCUCACGGACGAAGAAGAAGACAAAAGUAUCGGAACUGUGUCUGCGAUAUUGUUCUACAUCCUUGCCCUACAGACCGGACUCACGUCUCUGAACCCAGAGAAGAGGUUUAUCCGAUUAUGCAGAAAUUUUUGCUUACUAUUCACAGCUUUGCUACACUUUUUGCAUAAUAUAGUCAAUCCGAUGUUGAUGUCGCUGAGUGCGUCUCACAAUCCCAGCACACAUCGCCACGUUCGAGCGCUGGGAGUCUGUGCGUUCCUCAUCAUUUUUCCAAUAUCGCUACUCGUAUACUUAUGGUCACAGCACACCAUAUCGACUUGGUUGUUGGCUGUGAGCGCCUUCAGCAUAGAAGUGAUAGUCAAAGUAAUAGUCAGUCUGAUGAUAUACUCGCUGUUCCUGAUCGACGCAUACAGGAGCACGUUUUGGGAGCAACUCGAUGAUUAUGUAUACUACAUAAGAGCUUUUGGGAACACUAUAGAGUUCUGUUUUGGGAUAUUCCUAUUCUUUAAUGGCGCGUGGAUACUACUGUUUGAAUCGGGAGGAGCGAUUCGCGCUGUAAUGAUGUGCAUCCACGCUUACUUUAACAUCUGGUGCGAAGCCAGAGCUGGGUGGUCUGUGUUCAUGAAGCGACGUACUGCAGUGAACAAAAUUAACUCUCUACGAGAGGCGUCUGCAGAUCAGUUGGAUAGAUUGGAUGAUGUUUGUGCAAUUUGCUAUCAAGAAAUGCAUUCUGCGAAGAUCACUCGAUGUAACCAUUAUUUCCACGGAGUUUGUUUGAGAAAGUGGCUUUACGUCCAGGAUAGAUGUCCACUCUGUCACGAUAUUUUAUACAAAAUAGACAGUGAUAACAAAGAUAACAAUUCGGAGACAGGGAACGAAGAGAACAGCAACAACCAGAAUCUACUUUUAGAGGAGGACCCAGACCUCUUGCUGGGUGAGGGAGUUAGAUGACUGCUUGAUGAAGACAUGAACCACUUAGAUUAAAUAUGGCAAAUUCUCUAGUGGUAUUUUUUAAAAUUUGUAUAGUAAGUUAUUGUUUUUUUAAAUAAUGUAAAUCGGUUAUACCUGUGAUUUGAGAGUUAAAUUCUGUCGUGUGAUGAUUUCAUUUUGCAUUGUGGCGUUUUAGUCUAAGUUUAGUGGUUUAUCGAAUGCUUUGUCGGUUUCCAUUUUUCAUGUUCCAUUUUCGGAUUUAAAAUUAAAAAUCGUGUAUUUGGGCGUAAAAAUACAAUUUAAAA